AGCGCGCCAGCCAGCCAAGCCAGCCAAGCCAGCCAAGCCAGCCAGCCAGCCAGCCAGUCAGCCAGCCAGUCAGCCAGAGAUGCUUGCUGGAGCAGCAGUUCGGGCUGAACAAGUGAGCGCUGCUGUCUAGGAUUUUGUUGCUUUUCCAGGGACCCUUGACUUCCUCUCCCUGAGGAGCCCUUCUGGCCGAACUGCAGAGGAACCGGGAGUCCUGGGGUCUUUGGGGUCUUCCUUGGGGGACAGCCCCAACCCCCACCUCCGGGCUCCAGCGGCGCCGACUCUGUGCCACCCUGGCCAGGACACAGAACUUGUUCCCUGGAUAUUCUGCAGCCGCAACCAGCCACACAGGAGUGAUUUCCAUUUACCUCUCUGAUGACAGUUCUUCCCCCCUCCCCAGCUGUUGCAGCUCGAGGGGGCAAAAACAAACCAGCGGGGGGGUUUCUCUGUGUUUCUCCCCGCCCGGGAGCGGUGAUGUGUUUCUUCUGCAUGAUUUUAGCUGAAGGAUGCUCUGCAUUUCCUUGAUUUCUAUGGAGACCUCAGAGCUGGUUUUGCCUCUGCUGACACCUCAUUUUGCACCUUCUCUACCUCCCAAGGUCUUUGCCUCUCUCUGUAGCUUGGCAUUGCCCCUGGGUCCAGAGAGCCCUUGAAGACCUUAGGGGAACAGCCUGGAGAAUCAGCCUAAUAGAUUUUUGAGCAGCGAUGGCUGGACAUACUUCAAGCCUCAUCUUAACAUGGGUCAAGCUGACACUGGAAAACAAGUGCUAAAACCAAAGGCUUAUUUGCAUUUUGUUUAAAUUUGAUGGACUGAGCUUUGGACAAUUUCCAUGGAAGAAAAAUAUAUUUCACUUUGUAGGCACCACUGCUGGCUGUCAGAUCCUUGCUGCCUUUGAAUCCUGCAGCAGCAUCACCUACCACAUCCCAGACAUAUUUCUGAAUUUGAACAUUACCACAAAACAUACGAGUUUUGGAGACCCCAUCACUUUAUGACUUGGGCUUGAGUGUGAUAGGCUGUUUAUCUAGACCAGCCAAGCUCUGGAGAGCAAUGUUGAAUCCCUGGGAAGAGCGAGCAUGGAGUGUGCUGAUUUAAAAACAGAAAAUGCAAAGUUGGACUGAAAAUAUCCUUAGUCUUCCAAGCAAUCUGCUUAAGGGUUCCAAACUUACCUUAAUUUGGUGAGAAAAGAAGCUGCCCUAUUUUUCUUUCUUCUUCUACAACUGGAACCAGCCAUUUCCAAAAACUACCGCCAUGGAGGUCGCUAUGGUGAGUGCCGAGAGCUCAGGGUGCAACAGUCACAUGCCUUAUGGUUAUGCAGCCCAGGCCCGGGCCCGGGAGCGCGAGAGGCUGGCUCACUCGAGAGCAGCUGCGGCUGCUGCUGUGGCAGCGGCCACAGCUGCUGUGGAAGGCAGUGGGGGUUCUGGUGGGGGCUCCCACCACCACCACCAGUCACGGGGGGCCUGCACCUCCCACGAUCCUCAGAGCAGCCGAGGGAGCAGGAGGAGGAGGCGCCCGCGGCCCGAGAAGAAGCGAGUCCACCACCGACAGAGCGGCUUUCCGCAUUGCUCUGACCUGAUGCCCAGCGGCUCUGAGGAGAAGAUCCUAAGGGAGCUGAGCGAGGAAGAGGAAGACGAGGAGGAGGACGAGGACGAGGACGAGGAGGGAAGGUUUUACUAUAGCGAAGACGACCACGGCGACGAAUGUUCCUACACGGACCUGCUGCCUCAGGAAGACGGGGGAGGCGGUGGCUAUAGUUCAGUCCGCUACAGUGACUGCUGUGAGCGUGUGGUGAUCAAUGUGUCAGGCCUACGCUUUGAGACCCAGAUGAAAACCCUGGCCCAGUUUCCAGAGACUUUGUUGGGAGACCCUGAGAAGAGGACUCAGUACUUCGACCCUUUGCGCAACGAGUAUUUUUUUGACAGGAACCGGCCCAGCUUUGAUGCCAUCCUUUAUUAUUACCAAUCGGGAGGCCGCCUGAAGAGGCCGGUCAACGUCCCCUUUGAUAUCUUCACUGAGGAGGUGAAGUUCUACCAGCUGGGAGAGGAGGCCUUGCUCAAGUUUCGUGAGGAUGAGGGCUUUGUAAGAGAGGAGGAGGACAGGGCCCUACCAGAGAAUGAAUUUAAAAAGCAGAUCUGGCUUCUCUUUGAAUAUCCAGAGAGCUCCAGUCCUGCAAGGGGCAUAGCCAUCGUGUCUGUCCUGGUCAUCUUAAUCUCCAUCGUCAUCUUCUGCCUGGAAACCUUGCCUGAGUUUAGGGACGACAGGGAUCUCGUCAUGGCACUAAGUGCUGGUGGGCACGGUGGGUUGUUGAAUGACACCUUGGCACCCCACCCGGAGAACUCAGGGCACACAAUAUUCAACGACCCUUUCUUCAUCGUGGAGACAGUCUGUAUUGUGUGGUUUUCUUUUGAGUUUGUGGUCCGCUGCUUUGCUUGUCCUAGCCAAGCGCUCUUCUUCAAAAACAUCAUGAACAUCAUUGACAUUGUCUCCAUCUUGCCUUAUUUCAUCACCCUGGGUACUGACCUGGCCCAGCAACAGGGAGGUGGCAAUGGGCAGCAGCAACAGGCCAUGUCCUUUGCCAUCCUCAGGAUCAUUCGUCUGGUCCGAGUAUUCCGGAUCUUCAAACUGUCCAGGCACUCCAAAGGCCUGCAGAUCCUGGGCCACACCCUCAGAGCCAGCAUGCGGGAGCUAGGCCUUCUGAUCUUCUUCCUCUUCAUUGGGGUCAUCCUCUUUUCCAGUGCUGUGUAUUUCGCGGAGGCGGAUGAACCUACUACCCAUUUCCAAAGCAUUCCAGAUGCAUUUUGGUGGGCUGUGGUAACCAUGACAACUGUGGGCUAUGGGGACAUGAAGCCCAUCACCGUGGGGGGCAAGAUCGUGGGGUCCCUGUGUGCCAUUGCUGGUGUCUUAACCAUUGCUUUGCCAGUGCCAGUGAUUGUCUCUAACUUUAACUAUUUCUACCAUAGAGAGACUGAAAAUGAGGAACAGACGCAGCUGACCCAGAAUGCAGUCAGUUGCCCAUACCUUCCUUCCAGUUUGCUCAAGAAAUUUCGGAGCUCUACUUCUUCUUCCCUGGGGGACAAGUCAGAGUAUCUAGAGAUGGAAGAAGGAGUUAAGGAAUCUCUGUGCGCAAAGGAGAAGUGUCAGGGGAAGGGGGAUGACAGUGAGACAGAUAAAAACAACUGUUCUAAUGCAAAGGCUGUGGAGACUGAUGUGUGAACGGCUCUCUCCACCUGCCUCUGUCCUCCCAACCCCACCCCAGCAUCUCCAAAUAUAUUCAUGUGUAGAGAGUGCAGUUAUGAAAAUGAAAUAUGCAAUUGAGUCCAAUGCAUACAGUAGUACACCAUUUAAUGGUUAUACAUGGCUUAAUUGUUGCUAAACUUGUAUUACAUAUCAAAUGAUAAAUCUUGGAGAAGAGGGAGUCUUAAAUAGAAGCAAACCUAUCUUAUAUUUUUUAUUAGAAUGCAAGAAUUUUGCACAUAAACUGGAAAAAUGUUAACAGUAAAGAUGGUUUUAUGGAGAAUGUGUGUGUGUGUGUGUGUAUGUGUGCAUACGUGUGCCUGGGGACAUGCAUCUGUAAGUAAAUUGUCAACAUUAUUAGUAAUUGUGCAGUGAUGGGAAAAGUUGGCAUUUGGAAGUAUUUACUAUGUAAGAACUAAUGAAUUUGAGUCAUUUAUCAGUGAUUUAAUAACAUCUCAAAUGUCUUUGGAUUCUGUAGUUGUUUUUUAAAAAUUGUAAUUAUUAAUGUGUAGAAGAAAAGAAAGUAAAUUAUUUAAUAGAAUAUAGGUCACAAUUUUAUCAUGGAUUUAAUUAAAGUUUAUUUUUAACUGGAAAUUAACUUUUAAAAAGGCUGCAGGGGCCUUUAGAAAUUGACUAUAUUUUAUUAUUAAUUUUGGAACGUUAUGAUAGCAGAUGCCUAACAUUAUGGAAGAAAUGAAAUUGGAGAAAAUGUAACAAGUUUUGUUCAUAGUCAACAGGACUGAUUUUUUUUUUCUUUUGCACUACUUUUUAUGCUGGAGAUUGAGAGAGACUUCAUACUGUGAAUGUUUACUAAUGUAACAGUUCAAUGACAAUCAUUGGAAGAAUGAUUUCUUAGUCAUAUUUUAUUGUUUUCUUCUUUACUUUGUGUGAGAUUAAUGACCAUGCAUAUUACAGCACAUGGUUUGCACAUGGUUUUCUCCUCUUUUGAAACCUAAAUAAGUAAUCUACAAAGGGACUAUGAAGUAAAAUUUAGCAACAGAAUCUUUUGGAGUUGGUCUGUUACAAUGAUGUUUCUGAAACCAUACUAUUUUAAAUAUUCUUCUGCCUUUGAAAUCCAGAAUAAUUUAACCAAAGUUAAUGCAUGCACUGAAAGAAUUCUUCAAGAAGUAGGAUGCCUAGCAGCUACAGUGAUUAUGGCUUAAGAUCUUUCUAUUAAAUGUGCAACAUAAAUGCUAGAUUUAUUAAGUUUACUUCUUUUUUGUGCAGCUAUGUAUGAGUGGAAUGUGGGGAUUCACCUCACAUUUUAGUUUUCUGUUGGCUAAAAUGGAUGUAAGGAAGAAUUGUGUCAAAACAUUUGGUUUCAACAUACCAUCAUUAUUAUCUUUAUUAAAGGACUUUAUGACACAUGUCACUGCAUUUAACUCAUGAUGAGGUGUUCUAGAAUGUGAAGUGAUAACUAGUGCUCCACCUUGCACUAAAUCAUAAUAAGGUACAGAUUAGGAAACUCAGAAUACAUAAGAGGCCUUACUCUGCAACCUUUCUUUAACUUGUAUUUGUUAUAAAAUGAUAGCCUCGGCCGGCCCCGCGGCUCAGUAAGCUAAUCCUCCGCCUUGUGGCGCCGGCACACCGGGUUCUAGUCAUGGUCAGGGCGCCGGAUUCUGUCCCGGUUGCCCCUCUUCCAGGCCAGCUCUCUGCUGUGGCCCGGAAGUGCAGUGGAGGAUGGCCAAAGUCCUUGGGCCCAGCACCCGCAUGGGAGACCAGGAGAAGCACCUGGCUCCUGGCUUCAGGUCAGUGCGGUGCGCCGGCUGCAGCGCGCCGGCCACGGCGGCCAUUGGAGGGUGAACCAACGGCAAAAAGGAAGACCUUUCUCUCUGUCUCUCACUCUCACUGUCCACUCUGCCUGUCCAAAAAAAAAAAAAAAAAAAUGAUAGCCUCAAGCUUUUUUUUUUAAAAGAUUUAUUUAUUUAUUUGAAUAGUAGAGUUACAGAGAGAGAGAAGGAGAGACAGAUCUUCCAUCUUCUGGUUCACUCCCCAAAUGGCCACAAUGGCCAGGGCUAUGCUGGGCUGAAGCCAGGAGCCCAGAGCUGCUUCCAGAUCUCCCACGUGGGUUCAGGGGCCCAGGAACUUGGGCCAUCCUCUUCUGCUUUCCCAGGCACAUUAGCAGAGAGCUGGAUCAGAAGUGGAGCAGUCAGGACUCCAACCAAUACCCAUAUGAGAUGCUGCCAUAGCACCCGCCCCAAUAGUCUCAAGCUUUAGGAAAAAAAAUACUGCAUAGACUAUCUCAGUACAUAAUGAACUUUGACAACUGUGAACUUAAAAAAAAAAAAAAAAAAAAAGCCCCAUAAGAGCCUUUCACAAGCUUUUUGGACCCAGGCCAUCAUUUGAUAAUUAGAUAAAUCUUACCUCAUUGCGUGGUAUUUGAAAUUCAAAAUAAGUCAUGUAUUAGGGUUAAAAGUAAAACUAUGCCCUUCUUCCCACUCUUUGCCACUACCUGUAGAGAAACACUUUCUAAAAUAGCAUUUGGACAAGAGAAAGCAGCCAGCAGGGGAGUUGAUUGAAUCUAGAAAGAUCAAAGAUCAAUAGAGAGUGACAAAACAAGGAAGUGCCAUCUCAUAAUACUUCAGAGAUGACAUUUUUAUGCAGUUUGGUUUGGGAGCAAAAAUGUUACAGGUAUUAGAAUAGGGGCAAAGCUGUUUGGGUUGGUCAUUAUUCAUUUGGAAAAGUCACUUAAUACCUCUACACCAAAUGUCAUGUCUAGUUAAAAAAAAAAAAAAAAAAAAGAGGGCACAUAAAGUAUAUUUCACCAAGCUUUGUGGAAACUGAGUGAAAAUUCUGAAACGUUGAGUUCCUUAUGAAUGCCUGACUUUAUUGUUUAGUUUUGCCCUGGAAGAAAUGAGGGUUUAGACACCUUGAAAUGCCUCUAUUUUAUUUGGAUAUUAUAAAAAUUGUGAAUAAUUUCAAGAAGUUGAUUUGCAGACACAUUAUAGUCUAUAGUUAAAUAAUUACUAGAGGGAAGAUCCCAGGGAUGUCAAGGUAUGAAAAGUUGACCCUGCAGACAAGGCACCAUGUGUCUUAACCUAUUCCCAAUUAGGUCAGACUAUGUCUUAAAAUGAUUUCAGUGUUCUCUUGCAUAGGAUGUUAAUUGAACAUUCUAUAAGAUCAAUAACAAUUAUUUGGUUGUGUUUUGUAGGGAAAACAUACUGUAUUUCAUUGUUGCUAUAACAUUUUUUUUUCUUUUUUAAUUUGAGAGGUAGAAAAGAGUGAGAGAGGUAAAGCUUUUCCAUCCAUAGGUUCACCUGCUAAAUGCCUGAAACUAGGGCUGAGCCUGGGCUGAAGCUGAGCGCCAGGAACUAAAUCCAAGUCUCCAAUGUGGGAGGUAGGGACCUAAAUAAUUAUGCCAUCACCUACUGCUUCCCAGGGUACUCUUUAGCAGGCAGCUGGAAUCCAGAGCAAAGCUGGGGUUGAAUCCAGGCAUUCUGAUAUGGGAUGGGAGCACCUUAACUCAUGUCUUAACUGGAGGCCACCUCCUGCCCCAUAUGACAUUUUUUUUUGAAACCUGAAAAGUCAUAUUAACAUUAUUUGAUGAUGCAAAAUAUACUGAUGAUUCUGAGAAUUCAACAAAUACAGUCCUUUGAGAAUCCUGGGGAUUGCUUUUUAUCACUUUUUUUUUUUUUUUUAAGGUAAGAUCAUCAAGAAGUGAUAGUCAUGAGCUUUCGUCAUAUUAUUAUUAGAUUAUCACUGAAUGUGUCCCCGCAAAAAAAUGUUCACUUGUUUUAGGACAUUUGGAACUGGAUUGUACACUGAGAAGGAAGCAUUUAAGCCCUCCAGACUUAUAUGGGGGCAUUUCUGUACGGAAGACUUCUCUUACAGUCAAUGUGUGAAAGGCAGGACAUCCCGUGCAGCUGUGAUUUUGCAGCAUCUUUCCAAUUUGAAGCAAGGCAAAGUGCUUUAGAACUAUAUGUGAAAUUUUUUUUAUCCUGAGAAACAUGCUAUUUGUAACUGAUUUAAAGAAACUGUAUUUUCUUAGAGGCCACCAUACACAUUUGGUGAUGUGAUAAAAGAGAAGUGACCCCAUUUAGAGAUCUGAUUUUUUGGGAUCUAGGAUCCAUUGGUAGUUUUUCAGAUGAUAAUGAAUGUUACCAAAAGCACACUAUCCGAGGGUCAUUCUCAUCAGAGUCUUUUCAAGGGUGAAUGCCUUGUUCUCCCUUGUAACUGCUUGAAAAGAAAACAGUUAUGCACAACAGUUACAGGGAAGAGAGGAGGAAUAAAAUAUUCCUUUUGAUUUUUUUGAAAUGGGAGCUAGUGGGUGCCAGGGGAAUGACAGCUGGCCUAGGGAGUCCAGAGCUAGCUUGGUAACCAUGGGCAAAUAAUUUUAUCUUUUUGAUUCCCAGGUUUUCCUUUUAAGUGUAAAACCAGGAUAUUGGGUCAAAUUAUCAGCUGGUUUCUUUCAGUAACAAAAUUCUGUGGAGUGGGAGUGUUAGAAUAGCUUUUUUUUUUUUUUUUUAAUACCCCUCAAGUCAUAUCAGCCUUGAUUCUGUAGCUAAUAAUAACUACAAAAUAAUUCUUAAAAGUCUCAUGGUUAGGUUCACUGCAGAACCAGGAAUGUGAGUUUUUUACAGUGUGAACAGAAUGAAUAGAUUAUAUUUUGAAGCUGUUCAUUCUAAUGAUUUCUAGAGGGAAAGGAUCCCUUUAAUGAAAAAUAACUCUUCAGUCUCCAGUUGAAUACAUAUGGUGAAAGUUGGUAAGUAAACACUUUGAUUUACUGCUUUGUGAUAGUGCAGUCCUGUCAGUAAGCAGUGUUCAAACCUGUGCUGGGGGAACUCAAUUUAUUCUUAGGCACAUGUAGUAUUUCACAAGUGCUACUACUUUCGUUGUCAAAUGUGUUUCAAAUGGGAUUGCUGAAGCUCUGAAAAUUUCAUUAUUUAGCAUGUGUUGAAAUAGAACUCAGUAUAUGAAUAAAAAACACCUAAGGAAAAGAUUCUGAAUUAGAUACAAAUUUUCCCAGUUUUGAAAAAUGAUUAACAUUAACUCGUGAAAAAUUGUUUUAAAAUUGCCUUGGAGACAUGAAACGGUGGCCUCCUGGCUUUCCAAUAGAAUCAGAAAUGGUGUCCAUUGUUAUUUUUCAGGGGUUUGAUGUAUGAUUAGUACUAACAUUGGAGCUGUUACUAGGUAAAGUGGGAAAAACACCCGUCUUGUUUGAUGUUUUUAAGACAGCCUGUGGUGCUGUGUUCAUGUGAAUGAUCCAGAGUGUAACAACCAUUUUUGUAUGUCUUUUUUUAUUGAUACAGUUUAGAAUGAUUACGGGGUGUCAUUCAGUGACAAAAGGGCCUGUUCCCGGAAAUCUUCUUGACCCAAAAGUCAUUCUGAAAUCUGCAAGGGACAUUUGAUGUGGACUAAAGGUACCUCUUGGUUUUCCUGCCUGAAGAGAAACUUGAUUCUAAGCACAGGAUCUUCCAGACCAGUGUAGCCACUGCAGGUUAGAAGACAAUUCUACUUUCUAGUAUGGAAAUCAGUAUUCCUAUCUGAAAAAAGGCUGAUGGAGUGGUUUGUCUUGAAGGGUGAAGGAAGCAGAGUUCUUAUUGCAGUAAAUGGGAAUAUGCACUUCUGAAAAGUAAAUUAAGAUUAGGACUGUGAUAAGAAUUAUGUUUCUGGCUUGGUUUUCUGUUUCCAUAGCAGUUCCAUUUUUCACAGUUUCUUCUUCAUAAAAGUAUGCUAAUACAUAUCAGACCAUAUGGCCCGAUUUGAGGCUCAGAAAAUAUGGUCACUUUAUUUAUGGGUAAAUAAAUUAAUCCCAGGGCAUGAGUCGGUUGCUUUCAAAGACAUAACACAUAUGGAAUGAGCUGUGGCUCUAAGUGGGAAUGGAGCACCUCUUUUUGAGGCCUGUGAGACUGCAAAAGACACCUAAAGCAAAUAAUGUGCUAAAUAUAGAGUCUUGCUGUCAUCUUAGAAAGCAUAUUCUCCAACUCAGUGGUCAUGGUGUUGCUGACCCAAGGCUGUUUUUGAUCCAUUUGUUGUCACUGGUUUCUUGCAAGGGGUGUUUGUAUUUAGUGUACUGAGUGCUAACUAAAUGAUUUUGUUAGUUAACCCACUAUUAACUCUGGCUUCUUGAUGUGUAAAUGAUUUGUUUUUUAGAGUAUCUACAGCUGGUUUCUCAUCUAAGACUCUCUUUACUCAGGCUCAGAACUUCAUUGUCUUCUGUUUAGCAGCAGUCUAGAAAAUGCAAAGUUAUAGGAUAAAAUAAUACAGUACAAAGAAACAACAAAAAUACCAGAACUAGAAAGCUAAGCAAAACUUAUUUGGGAAGCCUGUUGUUGUUCAGAUCAGUUAUAUCAGGAUAUAAUGUCAGGAUUAAAAAUAUGAAGAUUUUGGGAUAACUUUUGUCAUGGCUGUUUGCCAUUAGCAGAGAAAACUAACAGGUGACUGUUGUGAUGGAUUGUAUGUUGCAGGAAGUGUUACUGGUCAUAUAUACAUAUUCAUGUUUUCUGUGAAGAUGAUAGAACUAUUGACCCUUCUUAGCAGUGAUAUUAGUAGUAAUUAUUGGUAAUAACAAAUAUGGAUAACAUGGUGGCUUUUUACCCUCCCCCCAGUUAUUGACAUUAUGUGGAAAUGCACUUAGAUUGUAUUAUUAUGACUUGGUAGACAAGGGUGUAAUUUCAAAGUCAAGGAGCAUGAAGACAUUUUAUCCACAGCUUCUUAAAGUAUUGAGAGCCAGUUGCCUCUUAGUCAAAGCAGUUAAGUAAAUUGCCCCUGUGGAUAUAAAGCUGUGCCAGUGCUGAGCCAAAGAAUGAUAUUUGUUUGAAUAUUCCUAUCUACUAUAUUCAUAUCCUCACAUGCUCAUUUAUUAUGUAUUUCAUAUUCUACUUUAUUCUGACAAAAAUACAUAAGGAAAAUGAAUGGUCUGAUGUACUGAAGGGACUUUUUGAAGUCUAAGUGCAUAACUCCUAACAGUAGGCAUAUAUUUGUAUUUUGGGGAAAUAGUGAUUUGAGGACUAAAAAAUAUUUCAGACUUUAGUUUGAAUUUUUGAGCUGUAUUCUCACAACGAUAUUAGGGCUAAGGGUAUCAUGGGAUAAGAGUUUUUAGAAUUUUCAUUCCCAAGAGGAAGGGUUAAUUUUUGUUUUAUAGGAUGUUUCAGAAUGUUUAUUUUUCAUUCACAUCAUUCCUAUUAUAUAAAAGUUGCAUACAGCAUGGAAAUGAGACUGUGUGAUCUGUAGAUCUACUUAGAGCUGUGUAGAAACAGACUUACCUAAAGCCAUUAUCUUUCACAGUUUUGUUGUAGCUGUUGUUUGACUUCUUUAAUUCUCUCAGGUUCAAUUAUAGCGCUAAAGAGUUUCAGGUUAUUGUUAUUUAGGUGAAUGCUCCAAUCUCUUUCAUAGCCUCUGAGGUGUUCACAUAUUAACUGUAAAAUAAUUGCAAAAUGCCAUCUUUUUUGGAGACUGGGAUGAUGUUAUUUAAACUGUGUCUGUGAUAUGGGCUGCAUUAGUUAACAUGGGAGAUGCAUAUUAUUCUAUUUAUAAACUUGUACCUGAAUGGAUUGAUGACUUCCCUGAAGAACACUAAUGGUGUUGAUAGCACCUGAACAAAUCUUUUUUUCUCCUCUUAGUUGGUAGAGAUCAGGAUCCAAAUGAGGCUUUCAUUUGCUCUCAGGCGGGGUAGGAAAUAAUUAAUGAAGCUCCCACUGGACUGAAGUCUAUGAAGAGGUGAUAGAAUCUCUAGGGAAUGCAUUAGGAUUUAUAUAUUUUUCUUAAUUUGUCACUCUUAGUUAAUGUUAUUGUUGACAUUGCUAUGAGGGAGGAUGUUGAUUCUAAGAUUUACCUAUUAUUAAAAUGAGUUUGAUAAAAACAAUUAGGAAUUAUAAGUAUCACAGUGUUUUAUUAGCUUUAGGAUUAUAUCUAGUUAAACAUUCAAGAAAUUAAUGUAAGACUUAGAGUUUUAAGAUUUAUUUGAGAGGAAGUAUUAACGGACAGAGAAUAAGAGACAGAGAGAGAGGUCUUCUGUCUGAUGGUUCACUCUCCAAAUGACUGCAAUGGCCAGAGCUAGGCUGAUCUGAAGGUAGGAAUGAGGAGCUUCUUCUGGGUAUCGCACAUAGAUGUAGAGGCCCAAGAACUUGGGCCAUCUUCCUCUGCUUUCCCAGGCUGUUAGCAGAAAGCUGGAUUGGAAGAAGAGCAGCCUGGACAAGAGCCAGUGUCCAUGUGGGAUGCUGGCACAGCAGGUAGAGGCUCAACCUACUGGCCUCAGUGCCAAUCCCAGUCCUGAGAUUUAGAUUUCAAUCUAUAUUUAGAGUUACUUAUUUGAAUGGAGAUUUUAACCAUAAAUGACUCUUCUGCUCAGAUUCUUGAGAGAAUAAUGGAAUCUCUGUUUUUCUUCCAUUUCCCUGACAUGUUCACAUUAUUUCUAAACUGGUGAAUUUCAUAUAAACAUUUUGUCUCCUAACAAACCAAGUGAAUGGGUUGGUUAUGAGUUAACUACAAGAUGACAAGAGUGUUUGAUAGUCUUUUUCCAGCAUUGCUGUUGAUCACUUUAGAGGUUGAUUUUAGCAUAUGUGAAAUACUACACAGGGAAAUGUCUGUGUCUUACAUUAAAAUCUGCAUGGCAGAGUAGGAAUAUUAGGAAUAGGUUUUCCUUCUGAAUUCUUAGAAAUGGGCUUAAAGCUUUUGACCUGUUUUUCCUAGACCUCAUCCAACCAAUGAGAUGUUAGCAAAAAGACUUUUUUCCUGGACUAGCAACAGGAUGUAAGCAGGAUCAAAGCCAACUGGGAAACUGGGAGAGGAGGAGGGAGGUACGCAAGAGGCAAGUGGUUAUGACUAAAUGAAGCCAUUAAUUUGAUGAUGAAAAUUAGCUAGAUUAGUAUGAAAACUAUUUCAGUUGAUAAUGCUGCCUAAUAAUUUUUGUUAACUCGAGGACUUCAGGAAAUGAAUUGACCACUUAGAGUAGGUGAAUGUUAUUUGUAUGUCCCAAUUUCCCUUUGUUCUUAAUCUCCAGGGGCACUCACAGUAACACUGCUGUUGAAAGUUAAGGUUCUCUGUUUCAAUAGUAGAAAAUCCACCUUUCCCUUCAGAGAAACAGACCCUUCACAUCUUUUGGAAUUUACCACUUGGGCAUUUAUUUGCAAAUGGGAGAAUUCUCCCUCUUUUCUCUAAUGUAGAAUGUCAGAGUGGCAGUGCAUUAUAAGAUGGAAUUAAUCAACCAAUAGAAGUCAUGGGAAUGAAUGUCACUAACAGUCAAGUUGUGCUUAUAUUAGUUAUUGCUAGUGUGCAAUUCUUAGAGGAAAGGAAAUCAAGAAAUUUGUGUAGCCUAAUUAGAACUCUGCCAUCAUACACUCCUUGCUAAUUUAGCCACUGUGGCGGCUGCUUCUCAUCCAGAGGUGUCAUUUCACUACUAGAAUCCACAUAUGUCAUAGGCUUCAAGGCAGUGAGAAAAGCAGUGGAGAAAGAAUUAGAUUAGAUAGAUAACGAUGAAGCAACAUACAGUAUUUUCAGGUGUGAAUCAUCUGUGACACUAGACUAUUUUUACUCUCUCCAGGGACUGAGUAGACUCUCUAGAUGGGAAAGGCUCUAUUCAGGAAUUACCAUUUUCUUCUUGAGUGCCAGUGGUAUUCUUGUUAGAGAUCUAUCUAGUGAAGCAGGGGAUAAAUCCUGCUGUUGUCCAUAAAACAAGUUAUCUCACAUACAGGAAGCAUUUUUUCCCUCAUUUCAGUUAUGAAAAACUGUAGUUAUAAACUUUGCAAAAGAGAUUAGAAGUCUUUGAUUUUCAAAAAUUUUGUUGCACUGUGGAAAGGAUUUGGAAAGGAAACUUGAAGUAAAAGAUUCUCAUAUAAGUUUGGACCUCUAAGAAGUUUAUGGAAAUGAGUAUCAUGAAAAGCUAAGCAUAGAUUUCAAAAAUUUUGUGCCAAAAUAAACUUACCUCAUGAUUCCAGUUUUCCAUAAACUUUAGAAAUGUCCUCAUUCAGACUUGUUUGAAGUAAAAUAUCCAGAGAGCUCCUUUUUUAAUUAAUUAAUUUAUUUAUGUCAGAGUUAGAGAGUUACAGAUCUCCCAUCCUAUGGUUCAUUCCCCAGGUGGCAUACAUACAACCUGGCUGAAAUGGCCAGGUUGAAGCCAGGAGUCAGGAGCUUCUUUCUGGUCUCCCUCAUGGGCGGCAGGGGCCCAAACACUUGGGCCAUCUUUCGUUGCUUUUUCCUAGACUAAAAGCAGGGAGCUCCAUAGCGAGUGGAGCAUCCAGGACACAAACUAACACCAUUUUGGAAUGCUGGUGUUGCAGGCUUUACCCUCUAUGCUACAGCACCUGUCCCUAGGGAUCGCCUUAUUAGUUUAUCUUUUAAUCUUUUACUCUAGUAAUUCAGCUUUAAAAACAAGUUUCAUAGAUUGACAUGCGAAAUGCUUGGCUCCCAUAUUCCCCACAUUUAUGUAAUCCCGAUCACCUUUGCUUUGACAAAAACCCUCAACAGGAAGGCUUCUGUUCCCAGUUCCCAGGUUUCUCAGGGAGAGUUUGGGGCAGGAGUGGUGGUGGUGGUGGUGAUUCGGUUAGAGAUCUUCUCAUUUUAUAAAUCAGGUCAUGCCAUUGCAUAGCCAGAAAGCUUCUACAGUCACCUGCAGUGUGGGUCUGGUAUGUUCUGUUACUAUGCCAGCUAUUUUCUGCCUGUUACUGAACAGCUGGGAUUUCAGAAACAGCUGGAUGAUUAGUUAUGUUUCUUUUUUCCCAUUUUUUACACAGAUGCUUUAUUACUGUGUAGAAAUAACUCCAGUGUGGAAUGACCUGGGAGUAUAAUAGUAAAAAUGUGCUCUGAUGCAACUGUUGUUAUUUGAAAUUGAAUCAAGAAAAUUAAGGUGAAAGAAUUUUGUCUAUAAUUUGCUUUACAAACAAGUUGCUUCAUUUUCAUUCCUAGGCAAAGCAGUUGACUUCCCAACAUUUUAAAUGCCUCUUGCCUUAUUCCUUAGGUUGCUGAAGCUGUGCUUUGGCUGUUACAUUGAUUUGCUUAAGGGGAAAUGUCUACACUUGCUGAGACAUCACCUGAGUUUUCCAUUCGUUGCUGGCAAGAGGAGCUGACAGCAGGCAAGCUACAGACCUCUCAUUCACCAGAGUCUAUUUUUAAGUUGGUCCCUUUGAGACCGACUUCAGCCCUGACUGGAGAGGGUGAAAUUCAAAAAUCAUGAACUGAUUUUUUUAUGAUUAUUUGCAGUUUAUUAGACUGUAUGGUAUUGUUAAAGAGGCAAAUUUAUUUCAUGUGCUGUUUGUUGGUUCCUUAAACAGGGCUAAAAUUAGAAUAAAAACGGGUGCAUAGACAUCUUUUUCUUCGUCAAAUAUUCUUUUAACAGAUGUUUGCUAAGCUCAUGCUAGGUGGGUGGGCUAUACUGUGUACCCAAAAUCUAGAUAUACCAAAACUUCAGAGAAUCAUUCAUUUUUCUAAAUAGCAGGAUUCUUUAUUAUUAUUAUUGGUUUUCUUCUUCAGAAUUUGUAUGUGUGAUUAGGUAUAGAUUUCUUUUGGAGAAGGAAUGCUUUCGUUAUACUUACCUUUAAUAAAUUCUAUGCUGUUUUCUGUAAUGUGUUUUAUUUUCUUUAGUGACAUGUAUAAAUUGUGUAGUAAAUGGUCGAUAGUCCAACUUGCUAAUUUUUUAUGAUUCUUGCAUGAGCAAGAACAGUAGUCAGUGUUUUCAAACAGCACAAGUGAUUGUAUGAACAGUAUUUACCUUUUGUAAUCCACAUAAUUUGUAUUUCUUCUAUUAACAGCAUUUGAAUAAAUUGUAACUCAGAGAAAAAGUGAAAGAGGAAAGCAGAUUUAACUAAAGUAGUAAAUACCGGUAAAACAGUCAACAAUAAUUGUAUUUUUAUUCCCAAAGUAGGAUUUUUAGGACCAUGUUUUUUCUGUCUCUACACACAUAUGCACACAUGCACACAUGUAUAUUAAUAACCAUAUGUAUCUUCCUCUUUGGGAAAGAUAUAAGUGCCGUUGAAAAUGGUGCCUGUACAAAUUAUGGCUUUAAUAAAGACCUAUCUUUCUUGAAUAAAUAUAAAAAAUGUUAUUUUGUGGGUAUAUAUAUAUAUAUGCAAACCAAAUAUGGAAUUUUAUGGCUAUGUCAGGGCAAUAAAGGCAAAUAUUAGGGAUUUUGCUGAGGUAUUUUCUAUCUUGAUCAUAUGUGACAGAUGUUUGUUUAGGUUUCCACUUGCUUUCAAGACAAUGUCUGAUUACUAUGUCUUGGAGUAAAGGCUUUCACAUUUGAAAUGCAGUUACAUGGAAUUUUUUGCUCUCUCCAACUAGCUUUAUUUUCUUAAGAAGAACUUGGACUUCUAUGAAAUACAAGUAUAUCUUAAGGACUUACUGGCUGUAGGAUCUCAGAACUUACCUGUUCUGAGCUGCAGAACUUACAUUCAGUUCCCUGCUUUUAGUCUUCAAGCCAAAAAGCCAUUAUCUUUAAUUGAAGCUGCUUAUACUUUAAGCCAAACAGUUGGGUGGGGGGGACCAAAUUGAUUGAUUGACUGGCAUUGUGAAGCCAUUGAUUCAAUUCUGCUUCAUUAAAAUCAUCAGAAUCAAAUGCAUCCUGGAUUGUCUUUAAACUUUAGGAAUUUUUGAAUUGCUAUCUAUUUCAUAAGGGAAAUGCCUUUAAUUGUAAAACCAUUAUCUUGUGAGAUUUUAUUUUUUACUUUAGCAAACUGUAAAUAUCAUUUGUGCCUUAGAAAUAUGAAUUCUGCAUAUAAAAUGCAAUGAAACAAUGAUUUAUCUGUUGUUUUAAAAGUAAGAUAUUUUUCCUUCACAAUUGUUCAUGCUUCAAGCAUUUGCAAACUUGAAAAUGUCUUAGCCUAAACUAGCCAUCACAUAGUUAAUAUUGGAAGAUUUUUAGUUACUAUUGGAAGAUUUCAUUUGCUCAUUUUCACUGCAUGAAAGAUGGAAUGACUUACAAUUUUUUUUUACAAAAUGAAAAUCAGAGGUAAUGGAUGCUGAAACUUUCAGUGAGGUUCAUUCACAAGUUCUUUAAUGGAAGACAAAUGUAUUUAAACUCUAUCAGAAUAUACCACACCUUACCAGAAAGUGUGGUUUUAAAAUGUGACAUUAUAUUAAGUAGAUUAUAUUUCUGACAUAUUAAAUAAACUUAUGUCAUAUAACAUUAUCCCUAUUUAAGGCCUGGUUUUUGUUUUUUAGUAUUACAAAUAGGCUGUGUGCAAAUGCCCUCAGAAUGGUUUGACAAUUUGGAAAUCUGUCUCUGGAAGAGAAGUUAUAUUUUCAGAAGAAAAUGUCUGUUUAUAUACAUAUUUGGAUAUAAAUGUAUCAUAACUAUCUGCAUAUCAAAUAUUAAUAUCUUAUAAUUAAUAAUAUAUAUUACAGAAUUGUUUAUUUAUUUGAAGAGCAGAAUUACAGAGAGAGAGAGAGAGAUCUUUCCUCUGCUGCAUCAGUCCCCAGAUGGUUGCUAUGCUGGACCUGGGUGGAGCCAAAGCCAGGAUCCAGGAGCUUUCUAGGUUCUCCCACAUAGGUGGCAGGAGCCCAAAUAUCUGAGCCAUCUUCUGCUGCCCUCCCGGGUGCAUUGGCAGGGAGUGGGAUCAGAAGUGAAGCAACCAGGACUUGAAGCUGCACUCAUAUGAGAUGCCUAAGUCAAGGUGAUGGCCUAACCCAUUGCACCACAAUGGCAGCCCUCUAAUUAUCUUUAACUCUUACUUUAGAUCUUGAUCUUAUAAUUUUGUUCUUGAUUUUAUUUUGUUUGAAAUCAAAUGUAUGGUUUCUAUGGUACUACAUUAUCAUUAAGUAAUUACUUCUAUGAGCUGUAUUACACUUUACAUUAAUAAUAAGAGGAAUAAAUAAUCUGUGCUGAUUGACCCCUAAAGAAAUUAAUGCAUAAAACAUAUAUUUCUCUUUUCACUGGUCAUUUAAACAAUUUCUCAGUUAUCAUGUUUUUCUACUUUAUGAAAUCUCAAACACAUUAUUUCACAAAGUAUUUAUUACAGCCCGGUCGUGGCAUUUAUCAGAACCUAACCUUCUGCCACAAAGAAGCAAACCUCUUGGUCUCCACAAAAUAGUAUUAAAAGCAUUUUGUAAUAAAACUCUCACUAAAAUGAUGGUUACAUGGCAGAAGUUCAAGGACAAUAUUGUAGGCAGAUCCAAGGUAGUUAAUGGAAAGAACAGACAAUUUAAGGGAUUCAGUUUCAUUAAAAAAAAAAAAAAAAGUAUAGGUUCUUGGCAAGUUGAAUGUUGCUAUAGCUCCAGUAUUUUAAAUCAUAUUAGUUGCCAGUUAAUUAUCAUUUAAUAGUUUAAUGAAAAAUUGGAAAUGAGAUACAGUAAUAGAGAGGGUUUUGCUGGUAAAUAAUGUUUUUAUUUUAUUUUGACACUAUUCCUCUAAUCAAGUCCUAAUUAUAGAUAAUUUUUGUUUGUAUAACAAAUAAAAAGAACAAGAAGCUCAAAGCUAGAUUAAUAACAGAUAAGUAAAAUUUGCCAUUGUGUUUUGGGCUAGUGGUAUAACACAAAGUAAUAUAUUAUUAUUUCUAUAACUAAUCUGAUAAUCUUAUCAUUUUUUUAAAAAAAGAUUUAUUUCUUUAUAAGUCAGAAUUAUAGAUAGGGAGACAGAGAGAUGGAGAUCUUCCAUUUACUGGUUCACGCCCUAAAUAGCCACAUGGCUAGGGCUUGGCCAGGCCAAAGCCAGGAGCCAGGAGCUUCUUCCCGGUCUCCCACUUGGAUACAGGGGCUCAAAUACUUGGGGCUGCUUUCCCAGGCACCUUAGCAGGGAGCUGGAUUGAUUAGAAAUGGAGUAGCU